AUUUACCCUAGACAAAAGUAUAGGAGAUAGAAAUUACUUAUUCUGGUGCAGUAGAUAUAGUACCGUAAGGGAACAAUGAAAGAACUAUAUCAAGCACCAAAAAGCAAAGACAAACCCUUGCAUCUUUUGAAUAAUGAAUUAACUAGAAAAAACUUCACACAGAGAGUUCUAGCCAAGUCCCCCGAAUAGACGAGCUUCUCAAGAACAGCUAGAAGAGUACACUCAUCUAAUGUAACAAAAUAGUGAGAAGAUCCAUGAGUAGCAGUGACAAGCCUACCGAGGCUGGUGAUAGCUGAUCGUCCAAGAUAGAAUUGUAGUUCAACUUUAAACUUACCCGCAGAAUUACUUAUUCCGCCUGUAAGUUUAACUGUUAAAGAGGGACAGCUCUUUAGAUAUUAGACAAUAACCGUCCUAUAGAGAGUAACAGAUUUUACCACCGUAGUCGGCCUAAAAGCAGCCACCAAUUAAGGAAGCGUUUAAGCUCAACAUCUGACUACCUUCAUUUCUAAUCACCCUGUUGAACUCCUCAUAUUACAUUGGACUAAUCUAUUAUUCAGUAGAAGCAAUAAUGUUAGUAUAAGUAACAUUAAGACAUUCUCCAUUGCAUAAGCUUACAUUAGACCGGAAUAAUUCACUAACAGUUAACAACCUAAUAUUAACAAAUGAUUAAUAGACAUCUUAUUAUCUUUAUUUUAACCCAACUCAGGCAUGCUCUAAGGAAAGGUUACAAAAAGUAAAAGAAACUCGGCAAAUUUCACCCCGUCUGUUUACCAAAAACAUCACCCCUAGCAUUGCUAGUAUUAGAGGCACUGCCUGCUCAGUUCCAUAUGUUUAAGGGUCAUGGUAUCCUGAACUUGCAAAGGUAGUAUAAUCAAAUAGGGACUUGUAUGAAUGGCCACAAUGGGGUUUAGUUGUCUCUUACUUUCAACCAGUGAAAUUGAACUACCUAUUAAGAGGCAUGUAUAAAUAAGUAAGACAAGAAGACCCUAUGGAACUUUAAUUCAUUAAGGCAAAUAAAGAUUCAAACAAGCCAACAGGCUCCAAUGUAUCAUCCCUGCAUUAAAAAUUUUGGUUGGGGUGGCCGGGCGCAGUGGCUCACGCCUGUAAUCUCAGCACUUUGGGAGGCCGAGGCAGGUGGAUCACGAGGUCAGGAGAUCGAGACCAUCCUGGCUAACAUAGUGAAACCCCAUCUGUACUAAAAAAAUACAAAAAAUUAGCCAGGUGUGGUGGCGGGCACCUGUAGUCCCAGCUACUCGGGAGGCUGAGGCAGGAGAAUGGCAUGAACCUGGGAGACAGAGCUUGCAGUGAGCCGAGAUUGUGUCACUGUACUCCAGCCUAGGCAACAGAGUGAGACUCACACACACACAGACACACACACACACAAAUUUGGUUGAGGUGAACUUGGAACGUAAUUCAACCUCUGAAACAACUUAAACUAAGAUCGCACUAGUGUGAGUUAUUACACAUUGACCCAAUAAUUCGAUCAACAGGAUCAGUGACCCUAGGGAUAAGAGUGCAAUCCUAUUCUAGAGUCCAUAUCAACAAUAGGGUUUACGACCCCGAUGUUGGAUCAGGACAUCCUAAAUGGUGUAGCCGCUAUUAAGGGUUCAUUUGUUCAACGAUUAAAGUCCUUCCUGAUCUGAGUUAAGACCAGAGCAAUCCAGGUCAGUUUCUAUUU